CUCCUUCCCGUCUCGUUUCGCCUCAAGACACGCCCUGCCCAUCAUGGACGCCUCUUCGCCCGUCACGCUGCGCACGCGCAAGUUUAUCACCAACCGCCUGCUGCAGCGCAAGCAGAUGGUGCUCGACGUCAUCCACCCGGCGCGCGCCAACGUCAGCAAGGCCGAGCUCUCGGAGAAGCUGGCGUCGAUGUACAAGGCCAACAAGGAGCAGUGCGUCGUGUUCGGCAUGCGCACCCACUUCGGCGGCGGCCGCUCCACCGGCUUUGCCCUCAUCUACGACUCGCGCGAGAGCAUGAACUUUGAGCCGCGCCACCGUCUCGUCCAGGCUGGCCUCGCCAAGAAGAUCGAGAAGCCCUCGCGCAAGCUGCGCAAGGAGCGCAAGAACCGCGCCAACAAGCUGCGGGGCACGGCCAAGGCCAAGAAGUCGGACGCCAGCAAGAAGAAGUAAAGAGGGCCGCCAGCGCUGCCUCUUCUCUUCUCGUCUCUUGCUCCGGUCAUUGCCUUCUCUGCGCAUCCGUCUCUUCGUCCAUACAUCUUCCUCUUGCACCACCACCCACCACCACCGCCACACUACAUGCAUAUGUACGGUACCCCACCACCACCCACCUCGCC